AUGUCACUCUUAGCAUCUGAGUUUGCAAUGAAGGAUUUGGACCCUCUGAGUUACUUUCUAGGUAUUGUAGUAUCUCGUCAUCCUGAUGGCAUAUUUCUCAGUCAAAGCACUUAUGCAUCAGAGAUCAUUGAAUGUGCUGGCAUGGCGUCCUGUAAACCAUCAACCACUCCUGUUGACACCAAGCAGAAACUCAACACCUCCUCCGACACUUCUUAUGAGGAUCCCUCCUUGUAUCGGAGUCUUGUAGGGGCCCUACAGUAUCUCACCUUCACUCGACAUGAUAUAUCAUAUGUUGUUCAACAAGGUACCUUACAUUUUGGACUACACUUAUCCCCAUCUUCCAUUACAAAGCUUACCUCCUACACUGACGCUAAUUGGGGUGGAUAUUCUGACACCAGACGUUCUACAUCUAGGAACUGUGUUUUUCUAGGUGACAACCUUAUUUCUUGGUUUUCCAAAAGGCAGCCAACUCUCUCCCGUUCUAGUGCUGAAGCUGAAUAUAGGGGGGUUGCCAAUGUUGUCUCCGAAUCGUGUUGGAUUCACAAUCUUCUCCUGGAACUCCAUUUUCCUAUUCCUCAGGCCACUUUGGUGUAUUGUGACAACGUUAGUGCCAUCUAUCUAUUUGGUAAUCCUGUGCAGCAUCAGCGUACUAAACAUAUUGAGAUGGACAUUCAUUUUGUUCGGGAAAAGAUAUAA